UUAUUAUAAAAGGAAGCUGCAAUUACUUAGGGCAUGCUCAUAAACCGAAAAUAUAAAAACACACGCAUACACACACACGCACACCAGCAGUGUUGAGCUGGUGCUGCCAGACUCACACUAGUGCAUUUAUGUGGCAACGCUUGAAAAGAAAUGCUCGAUAAGUCGUUCCCGGCGAUAUCAAGCAUUGCUCGCUGAGUUGCUCGAAUUCAAGUUGCUUUUAGCAUUUGACAGGAGGACUGAAAUUAAGCAAAAACGUCUAUAAUUAAUAAGCGAAAUAAGCAUUUUGUUAAGCAAAAGAAGAAAAAGUGAGAUGCCACCAAAAAAAGGCCCUCAGACUCGGUCAAUGGCAAAUAAAGCCCUAACCGAGAAAAAAUCCAAUACAAGAGCUAUCGAUCCACCAGCUAAUCCUAAGGCUGCCAAAUCUCAAAAGUCCGAGCAGCAACAUAAUCAUACUCAAGCCAGCAAAGUUGCAUCAACUUCGGGAGCAGCAGGAGUGAUCAAUUGUUCACACGUUGAAGAGGCGACAGGAAAAUCAUCAAGCAAGAUAUGGAAUAAUGAUAACAACAACAACCGCACUGAUGAGAUUGAUCCAGAACUGGGGGAUAAAAUAAAGUUAAUGCUUCAGCCCGUAAAGAUGACACCAAAAAGGGGCUACACAGAGGAUGAUUUAAAGAGCUUUCUGGCUAGCUCAACCUUCAAAUCAGUUGAUUUGGCUACUCUCAGCACGGCACAGCUAUUCCAGCGUUUUAUUGACGCCACAUCCGGAAUAGACGAGUUGACACUGGUUGAACUGAUCGAUCAUUAUCAUCUUGGCAUCUUAAUGCAGUCGUAUAAGCCAAUGGAAACAGAUUGCAUGGGUUACCGUUCCGAGCUGUUGGACGCUGUGUCUAAACUGUGCAUCGAUUUGCCACCCGAUGGCGUCGAAUUUAUUGGCACUGUUCUAUGUGAUAGAUUUGUAAUUGGCAAGAGCAUGGAGCGUUUGGAUAAAGUCGUUCAAAUGCAACAGACCCUGUCGAUGCUCAUUAUUAAGGAUGACUUCAGUUGCCAGAUUGCGAUGAGUAUUCUGAUGGCCACAUUCGUCAAGGUCUCGGGUGUGCCAAGGAAGCAUACCAAUACUGAUAUUAUCACUGAGGUCUUCGAAAUGGUCAAGCUCGUUGACUGGAUGCAGAUGAGCAACGCCGGUAGUGUGGCGGACUUAUUUGUGCUGGUGCGCAGCUUCUCGUUGAUCAUCAACACGCAUCACAAUCAAAAAGCACAUGCCGACUGGAACAAAGGAACGAGCAGUAAAAUACAGGAGUAUUUCCUUCGUGUGCUACGCACAGUGCGCUGCGUCCCCAACUAUGGUUUACCUGAAAUGAUGCAUUUCUCAAACAAAUGCAAUGGGCACGUCAAUAAGUAUGGAAAUGUAGGUGUUUGCAAAAUAAGCUUUUUGGGGGCGGUCAAAAGCUCACAACUCAGAAGCGGCUGGCCGCCCAUGCCGGCCCCUAACUGGGGCGUAAGUUGGAAGUUUUGGUCGACAUUGGCGGCGUUGGCUUAACGCCUGGCAUUCCGUCUGCUUAACUUGGCUUUGUGCAUGUACGAAAAUUCAUAUGUUUUUUAGUCGCGCAACGAGCAACCAAAGUGACGGACCCGUUACAAAUAAUUUAUCAAUAUAAAUAGUUAGUUAAACUGUGAACAAAUUAAAUAAAUUACAUCGUGUAGAACACGGACAAAAUCUUA